GUCUCAACUCUCAGCCAAAAAAUAAUUGCAUUCAGUAACGUUGACCAUGUAUGCUCUCUAACAUUAUCAUGCUUCAUAAAUAACCCAAGACUAGUUCUUGAUCAACAAAUUGAGAAUUCUGCAAAUUCCUUUAGUAAAACAGAAACCAAUGGAAACCAUAACUAUUCAUUUCUUCUUGUCUUCCAUAGUUUCUGUUUUGAUUCUUUCUCGAGCUGCAGAUACCAUACCUACAGAUCAACCUUUAACAGAUGGAAAAACCAUUGUUUCAUCAGGUGGAAAGUUUGAGUUGGGAUUUUUCUCCCCUGGUCAAACAACCUCCAGUAAACGAUACCUAGGAAUAUGGUUCAACAACAUAGGGACGGUGGUAUGGGUUGCUAAUCGAGACACUCCACUCAAUGAUAAAAAUGGUACGCUCAAUUUUACAGGACAGGGAAUUCUAACUCUUCUAAACAGUUCUGGCCGUGUCGUUUGGUCCUCCAACACCACCAGACGGGUGCAGAAUCCAAUAGCACAGCUUCUGGAUUCAGGCAAUCUUGUUGUUAGAGAUGCGACUGAGAAUUACCUGUGGCAGAGUUUUGACUAUCCUGGUGACACAGCUUUGCCUGGAGUUAAAAUUGGGAUCGAUUUUAAGACUGGUUUUCGCCGUUCCCUCUGGUCAUGGAAGAGCAGAAAUGACCCUUCUAAGGGUGUGUUUAGUUUCAUAUUUGAUCCUCAUGGAUACCCACAGCCAUUUCUUAUGAAUGGCACCAGCCAACGCUUCAGGGGUGGAGCAUGGAAUGGUCAAACCUUUGCUAAUUCACCAUCUCUGCUACCAAGUCCUACUUAUAACUAUAUAUUUGUAUCCGAUCUUGAGAAAGUAUACUUCACGUAUGAGAUCAAAGACAGCUUUGUCAUUGCAAGGGUAGUGAUGCAACUGAAUGGGUUUCUAGAGCUUUCAACAUGGAACAAUCAGACUCAGAAUUGGGAUAACUUUGGUAACGCACCAGCAGACAAUUGUGACAUUUAUGGCCAGUGUCACUCAUAUGGUUUGUGCAACAGCGGCAACUCUCCAAUCUGUAGAUGUUUGGAUAAAUUUGAACCCAAAGAUCCAACGGAAUGGGCAAAGGAAAAUUGGUCAGGAGGCUGUGUCAGAAAGACACCGUUGAAUUGCCAAAAGGAAGUUAAAUUCUUGAAGUAUUCGGGCAUCAAGUUGCCAGACACUCGAUUUUCCUGGUACAGUCGUCGAGUGACUCUUAAUGCAUGCGAGGAAUUGUGCUUGAGAAACUGUUCAUGUGUGGCCUAUGCAAAACUAGACAUAACUGGGACAAAUGAAGACUGCUUGCUCUGGUUUGAUGAGCUGAUGGACAUCAGAGAGUUUGGUGCUAGUGGGCAAGACAUCUAUAUAAAGUUGGACUCUUCUGAGACAGAGAUAGCUACAGGAAACUCCAGUAAAGAGAAAUUAAAGAAAUUGAGAAUCGGCUUGCCAUUGGCAGUAUUAAGUCUUCUCUCAGUGCUAUGCUUGAUCUUGUACAUAAGGCAAAAGAAGAAGAAAAAUAAGAAGAAGAAGGAGGAGGAGGAUCAGAAUCAACAACGUUUCAGUGAAGGAAGAGGAAUGAGAAGCUCUGAAAUGGUCUACAUUAAUGAGAGCAAAGAUGACGAUCUAGAUUUACCAUUGUUUGAUUUUGCAACUAUCUUGGAUGCUACCAAUAACUUUUCACUCAACAAGAAGCUUGGAGAGGGUGGUUUUGGACCUGUUUACAAGGGUGUGCUGAAAGAUGGACAAGAAAUUGCAGUAAAAAGACUUUCACGAUACUCAGCGCAAGGAACUGAUGAGUUCAAGAAUGAGGUUAUCUUCAUUGCCAAACUCCAGCAUCGGAAUCUUGUGAAGCUUCUUGGUUGCUGUAUUCAAGCAGAAGAAAAAAUGUUGAUUUAUGAGUACAUGCCUAAUAAUAGCUUGGAUUGGUUCCUUUUUGAUACAGACAGGAGGUCACUGCUUGAUUGGCCUAAGUGCUUCCAUAUAAUUAAUGGAAUUGCUCGAGGACUUCUCUAUCUUCAUCAAGACUCAAGAUUGCGGAUAAUCCACAGAGAUCUUAAACCUAGCAAUGUUUUGCUAGACAUUGAUAUGAACCCAAAAAUAUCUGACUUUGGCAUGGCAAGAAGUUUCGGAGGAAAUGAGACUGGAGCCAUGACAACAAGAGUGGUUGGGACAUAUGGCUACAUGUCUCCGGAGUAUGCAGAAGAAGGACAAUUUUCAGUGAAAUCUGAUGUAUUUAGCUUUGGAGUUCUAAUACUGGAGAUUUUGAGCGGGACGAGAAAUAGAGGGUUCUUCCGUCCAGACCAUCAUCAUAAUCUUCUAGGACAUGUGUGGAUGCACUCCAAAGAAGGCAGGGUUUUGGAAGUAAUAACUAAACAUCUAAGGGAGUCAUGCAACCUAUCUGAGUUGGAAAGAUCGGUCCAUGUAGGUCUAUUGUGUGUGCAGCAGUGUCAAGAAGAUAGGCCUAGCAUGUCAACAGUUGUGCUGAUGUUGUCUAGUGACAUUCCAUUGCCCUCACCUAAAGAGCCAGGUUUUUUUUCUAGCAGAAGCCAAUUCGGUGAAGUUAAUAGUUCAUCUAGCAAGCUUGGCGAACAUUCUGGAAAUGAAUUAAGCAUCACAUUGUUGGAUGCUAGAUAGGACAUAUAUUUUCAUAUCAUCAUUAUUUACUUAAUUCUUUACUUCACAUAGCUCAACAGGUUCCAGUUGUUCAACCAAACAGCUUUAGCUGUAAUUUGCACAAAUUUUAAGAGAAUUUGUCAAAUGUACAAGUGGUUUUUCAGUCUAUUCUUCAUAAUCUAUAUAUUCUCUUUUCCCACAGA